AUGUUGUUGCUGCUUGUCUCUCUUGCACUCUCUCUGGAGGUCCAGAAAACAUCACUGAAAGCCAAAGACAAGUGUGCGUCACGUUCCCCCGUUGUGAUGGUACCAGGUCUCAUGUCUUCUAUUCUCGAAGCCAAAAUUGAUGUCGCAGAGUCGUAUGGUCCAUGGCCAAAAGAUUGUGACAGGACAAAGGACUGGUCAAGGGUUUGGGUUGAUGCCGAUAUAGUUCUUCCUCGUAAAGGUGAAUGCCUUAUGAAGUACAUGAGUGGUGUAUGGAAUGAGACGACAAACAAGUUAGAGACCAUUCCUGGUGUUUCUCUUCGUGUUCCUGAAUUUGGAAGCACAUACGGACUUGACCAGUUAGAUCCCGUUUUUGUGAUCAAGCAAUUUACAAACUCUUUCCAUAAGCUGAUCAGUCAUCUUGAGAAAAUGGGAUAUAGAGACCAAGUCGAUAUGUUUGGUGCUACAUACGACUGGAGAAGUGCAGACUUACCUUCUACAUAUUAUGAAGCAACAAAAGGACUCAUCUAUGCUGGAUAUAAAAACACAGGCAAAAAAGUCGUUGUGUUGUCACACUCUAUGGGAGGCUUUGUGACAUACAAAUUACUGGACUACUUAGGAAAGGAAUUUUGCGAUCAGUACAUUCAAAGUUGGAUAGCUGUCAGUGCUCCAUUCAUAGGAACUGGUAUGGUCCAAAAACAGUUGUCUGUUGGCGAAAAUUUGGGACUUCCAAUCAACGAAGAAAACGUCAGAGACUUCUCAAGAACAUUAGAGUCAAUUUUGGCCUUGUCGCCCCUUGGUGAAAAAUGGAACAACGACGACAUGGUUACCAUUAAAAGCACGGGAAAGACUUACAAAGCUUCCGAAUUGAAAGAUUUUUACAAACAAAUCCCUGAAAUAGCAAGCAAGAGUGAUUACAUAAUCAACAACGAAAUGGUUCCAUUCUACCAUAAAUGGAAUUACACUGUGCCAAAUGGUGUUAAAAUGGGAUGUGUUCACUCCCAUGGAAAAGAAACUCCUUACUCAAUCACUUUCGAAACUGAAGACCUCAACAGCAAAUCAGAAGUUGUAUAUUCAGAUGGUGACAAAUUGGUCAAUUUGAACUCACUCCAGUCUUGCUCGCUUUUCACUAAUGACGUGACUGAUAUUGGGAAGCAUGGACAUCUGUUAAUUUUGGGUUCAGAUGACCUUUGGGAUUAUGUCAGACCAAGAGUGUGCGAUAAUUCAGACUAA